GGCUGAGCGGCAUUGCGUCAUUUGCAAAGCGAAAACCGGUGCAAACCGGCUAGAGGGGACCAUAGACAAUCUGACAAAGGAUCCCCGGGCCUCUAUUGUAUUUCUGUCAGCUGAUCCGCUGAACACGGACCUACAUUUUAAAUCGCCGUAUUUCAUUCCAAGCGUUUGCAACAGCCAAAAAACCCUGCCGCACCAAACAUGGAGUACGACACAAUCCUCUCCGACUAUCUCGGAGAGUUCGGCCGGUUUCAGAAGCUGACUGUUUUCGGUUUGGCAAUCCUUGCAACGCCAGUCGGCAUGCACGUCAUGGCCAUGGCCUUCCUCGGCGCCGUGCCGGAGCACCACUGCCAGCUUCCCGGGGACGCCGCCGCCGCAACCCCGCCGCACUUGGCGGCUCUGCCUGGCGACCUCGCGCCGACCUGGCUGGAGUACAUGCACACGCUCAACCACAGCAUCCCGCUAGAACUGGACGGUAACGGGGAAUGGACGCACAGCAAGUGUGAGAGGUACAGUCACAAUAUCACGGCAGGCGAUCUGGACCCGCUACCUCACAACAGAAGCAAACUACAAUGCACAGAAGGCUGGGUGUACGACAAGACCAUCUACAGUAGCAGUGUUGUUACGGAGUUCGACUUGGUGUGUGACCGAGCCUGGCUCAGGGAGCUUGCGCAGGCUAUGUACAUGCUGGGGGUCAGCUUUGGAGCAAUGUUCUCAGGGGCCCUGUCUGACAGAUUCGGUCGGAGACCAGUUCUACUCGGCUGCCUCGUCCUCCUACUGAUCUUCGGAGUGUCGACAGCCUUCGCCACGCACUACGUCAUCUUCGUGAUUCUUCGGUUCUUCGUCGGGGCUGUGGCCGUCGGCCUGUACUACGCCGUCUUUGUACUAGGUAUGGAAGUUUUAGGCCAAUCCAAGCGCACGAUGUACGGUAUGGUGGUGACGCUGUUCCUGGUGGCUGGGUACAUCGGGCUCGGCGUCUUCGCCUACCUGACUCGUGAUUGGGUGAAACUUCAGCUGGCCAUUUCCGUUCCUGUAACAGUGUUCCUGACCUACUACUGGUUUGCACUGGAGUCACCUAGAUGGCUACUUGCCAAUGGAAGGACGGAAGAGGCCAGGGAGGUCAUCGACCGAGCGGCCAAGAUCAACGGGGUCGAAAUCCCAGAAAAGGUCUACGAGCUCAUGAACGAUAAUGUCCACAUCAACCGGGAUGACUGCUCGUACGAGAAGGUUCAGAGAGUGUACAAUGUCUUGGACCUCGUGCGCACACCGAACAUGAGAAAGAACACAUUCAUCGUUGCCUUCAGUUGGUUCGUGUGUACCGCUGCCUACUACGGUCUAAGCCUAGGCUCUGCAGAGCUCCCUGGCGAUCCGUACCUGAACUACAUCCUAAGCUCUUGCACUGAGAUCAUCGCCAUACUGGUGGCCUGGGCCACUAUGGACAGGUGGGGGCGGAAGCCUCCUACUAUCGCUUCCCUCAUUCUAGCAGGGCUUUCCUGUGGAGCAACAGCCGGUGUACCCAAAGAAUUGUGGAUGGUAUCCACGGGCCUAGCCAUGGUAGGCAGGUUCGGCGUCAGCGUGGCGUUUGACAUCCUACCUCUGUACUCUGCCGAGAUCUUCCCAACCGUCGUCAGAAAUAUGGGCAUCGGUGCAGUAUCAAUGCUAGCUCGAGCUGGGGGCAUCCUAGCUCCGUUUGUGACUCUACUGGGGAAGUCCUGGGCGCCCCUCCCUCUAGUCAUCUUCGGCAUCAUGUGUUUCCUGGACGGGGUCGCCAUCUUGGCCAUGCCCGAGACCCUGGGGGUGCCACUGCCCGACACGCUGGAGGAGGCCGAGAACUUGGGGAGUACGCUUGCGCAAACUGUGGACAAGGUGGUGCCCGACCCUGCGGAGGAGAAGACAGAGGUUUUGGACAUCGUCACGUCGGUAUGAGACCCUGGUGUCACGUCGGUAUGAGACACCGUGUAUGAGACCCUGGAAUCACGUCGAUGUGAGACCAAUGCCAAGAGAUAUUACCAGGGAUUCUAAUAUGACGGCAGCAUCAGAUCGCAAAUUGGAUCACAGUUUAUGAAGCCGUUGGAUGAGACUAUGGAGUAAAAUCCGACUGGUAAAUUUGGAUGUUUCUGGAAGAUCAGUGAUAUCGCAAUAUAAUGGAAAUACUAUGUAUAUCCAUAUUUGAGUAUUAGGGUGUUACGACUUGUCCGUCACGGACUAUUUGUCAACUUCCACGCCCUUUCUUUUCGUUUUCCCAUUGGAUUUUAUACUUGUUUUCUUAUUUUUGUAUUUCCUAGGGGCCGUUGUUGUCAUUCUCAUCCCAUUUCAGGAUGUUACAAUUAGGUUGUGUUAUCACGUCUCUGUGAGACGUAAACGCUAUGAGAGGGAUCUACUAUGUCUAUGUGUAGAAUGUAGAAUUUAUGUGGCCAAUAGAAAAUGUAUCUGCCAGGUACAUAACGUACUUUUCCCGGGAAAAACGUAUUAUGUCAGAGACAUCUAGGUAUGAUCCAGAUGUAGACAAAAAUAACUGUUGAAGCAAUAGUUUUGUAUACUUGUCUUUGAAUUCCCUUCUUGGUCUUAUAUUUUUAAACUUUGUAGAUCACUUGUAACUCUACCUUGUGCGUGUGAAUGGACAUUCUACAGAAUACGGAUGGCAUCAAUGUGUUAAGCUUAAGUAGCGUCCUAAUCAAAUGUCAUACGACGGCAAAAGGGUGCUAAAAUACAUGUACAGAUGUACUUACUAUGUAUCCAGUACUUGAAUAGGAGCAGAUGCUGCAUUUAACUGUAAAUAUUCUGCUCAUGAAAGUUUACAAAAAGAAAUGCAUUUAUAGACUGGUGCAAUUGUUGUAGACAUGCAUGGGCAUGGCUUUCGCUGCUGAUAGUGUACUCUAUACAAGGAAGACGGUUCUG